CAGAGAUAGCUACAAACUGGAAAUCCCACUUCUCUGCAGUUAGCCUGCUGAAUUUGUUCCAGGUGGACUUCUCUUUGAGGAGAGCUCCUCUAACUAAGGUGCUUCGAACCCGUUUUAGUGAGGCAGCUAGGGAAUCUGAGCCCGUCACAUUUGAAGUCACUGGGAUGUAGGACGACAGCACCCUCCGACUCUGCAGAUCCAGACAAACCAUUCCAUGGCAUUUCUUGCUCAACCCUGAGACAGUUGGAACAAGAGGGCUCAUUGAAGUCGACGGCUUGCCAGAGGAAUUUUCCACACAUCACUCCCAGUGGUUGACUCUGAAGUUCAGGAUAGGAUUUGUGGACCCACUUCAUCUCAGACCAUGGGCCUGCCCCUUUACUUGGCCACCUUCUUGACUGGUCUCCUGGAAUGCAUCGGUUUUGCUGGUGUCCUCUUUGGCUGGACUUCACUAUUGUUUGUGUUCAAAGAAGAAAACUACUUUUUAAAGCCCUGUGAACAGGACUGCUUGCUUCAGAGCAAUAUAACAGGGCCCUUUGACUUGAAAGCGCAGGACGAGAAGUUCUUACUCAUCUUCACCCUGGCAUCCUUCAUGAACAACUUCAUGACCUUCCCCACUGGCUACAUCUUUGACCGCUUCAAGACUACUGUGGCCCGCCUGAUAGCCAUAUUGUUCUACACCUGCGCCACACUCAUCAUUGCCUUCACCUCUGCAGACACUGCCAUGCUGCUCUUCCUAGCCAUGCCCAUGCUUGCAGUGGGAGGAAUCCUGUUCCUUAUCACCAACCUACAGAUUGGAAAUCUCUUUGGCAAACACCGUUCAACCAUUAUCACCCUCUACAAUGGGGCAUUUGACUCCUCCUCGGCAGUGUUUCUCAUCAUUAAGAUUCUUUAUGACCAGAGAAUCAGCCUCAGGUCUUCUUUCAUCUUCCUGUCUGUCUGCAGUGUCUGGCAUGUUGUACGUACUUUGCUUUUGAUGCCCCAGGGACAUAUCCCCUACCCACUGCCUCCCAACUACAGCUAUGGCUUGUGCUCCAGGUUUGGCACUAGAAAGGAAGAGAAUAAGGCAGCCGAGCAUGAAACCAAGGAGCUGCAGUCAAAGGAAUGUCUGUCACCAAAGGAGGAGAACUCCGGACCAGAGCAGCAGCAGCAGGAGCAGGAACAACACUCUUUCCAACGCUGCGUACUCUCUCGCCGAUUCAUCUUGCAUGUGAUGUGGUUGUCUGUCAUACAGUUGUGGCAUUACCUCUUCAUUGGUACUGUCAACUCUCUACUCACCAAGUUGGCUGGUGGGGACAAAGAGACAGUCAGUGCCUACACAAAUGCCUUUGCCAUCACCCAGUUUUUUGGUGUGCUGUGUGCCCCCUGGAAUGGCUUACUCAUUGACCGCCUUAAGCAGAAGUAUCAGAAGGAAGCCAAAAGGACAGGUUUCUCAUCUGAGGCUGUGGCUCUCUGCUCCAUGGUACCUUCGCUGGCCCUGACGUCUCUGCUGUCCCUGGGCUUUACCCUGUGUGCCUCCAUUCCUGUCAUACAGCUACAGUAUGCCACCUUCAUCCUGCAAGUGGUCAGCCGCUCCUUCCUGUAUGGGUGCAAUGCUGCCUUCCUCACACUGGCUUUUCCCUCAGAGCAUUUUGGAAAGCUCUUUGGGCUAGUGAUGGCCUUGUCAGCUAUUGUGUCUCUGCUGCAGUUCCCCCUGUUCAAAGUCUCCCCCAAGAGCAACGCUGUAUAUAUAUCGAUGGGGCUGGCCAUUUUUCUGACAUUGGCCCAUCCCUUCCUGGUGUACUCUGAGUGCCGUGCUAAGAAGACAAAAUCGUCUGUGGAUGCCUAGCCCAGAAGCCCUCACUCUCUAGCCUUGAUGAUACCUUUCCUGCUCAUUACUUGACUUUGAUGAUCCAGUGUCCACAAAGACUUUGCCUACCCAGGAGAACUGUAGUAGGCAGCCAUAGUUUUUUUUUUUUUAAACAACAACAACAACAACAUACAAACAAAAAACCCCACAAAAAAACAAAAACAGAAACAAAAAACAGGACAUUUAAAUGUCAUCCAGGACUUUUGAUUACCAAGAAAAGAAUUUCUGUGGCCAAGUAGCUAGCCGUCACACCAACCCAAAGCAAAGUUUUAUAUGAAUUCUUAGUUUGGGAGCAGGAAGUUACUCCCUGCACAGGGCCACAGCAGAGCUCACUGCAAGGGACAGGGAGAUAUGGCACAGUUCAUGCUACCCCAAAGGACGUCGGAUCUAACUUUCUGGCUAGCCAGAAAGCUUUCGACAGCUUUUCGUACCCUGCCUGUGAGCCAUGUCUCCUCUUCAGGAAAAGGGAUAUUUACUGACUUAGGACGUAUAUAAUUAGCUUGGGUCUUGAGAGAUGACUUCAGCACUGGCUGCUCUUCCAGAGGACCUGGGUUUGAUUUCUAGCACCCACAUAGUGACCCACAAACUGUAACCGCAGUCACUCCAUGGACACUGCAUGCUUGUGCACAGACAUAUAAGCAGACAAAACAUCCAUACACAUUAGAUAAAUAAAUAACUUCUCUAGGGAAUAAUUUUAUACAACAAUAAAGUCUCUAUGUUUAAGGCAA